AUGAAAUAUGCUAACGGUAAAGCUCAAUACUGACAACACAACUACUUUAGCCAAAGACAUAUACUCGAAAACUGAAAGCAACAAAAAAAGAGACAUUUACAAACCUGUUUAAAUAGAAUUGUUGUCCCGAUAAGACUGGACGAACUGUUAUAUGGAGCCAGCUACGGGUUUUUUGGCUUGCUACGCCCUGAUUCUGAUGUGCUGAGACCGGAGACGCUCCAGUAAAUAACGCGAGAGUAGCGAUGUCUUUUUCUGUUUUGGUGUAAAAAGAAACUUAAAAAAAAAGGUCAUUUACAUUUCAUGUUUUAUGAAUUGUCUAAAAUCUCCACGGUUCGAUUUCAUGAAUUGGGCGCAUUUUCUAUGGCUGGAAUAUAGUUUUGUUUGUUUGGACUACAAAUCCCAGGUUGACGCUGGUGACCAGUGAGUAUGACGUAUAAUUUAAGCGCCAGUCUGUACAGUCUUCGAAGGAAUUAAUGCUUUAUACCUGGUCACCAUGGUGAUGAAAUCAGCAGUUGAUGAUGAUGAUACUGGCUGGGUGCUGGGCAUCCCAGAGAAGAUGAAGAACAAUGCCAACUGGGUUGAUAUUACUCAUGAGUUUAAAGGAGCCUGCAAAGAGUUGAACCUUGGAGAAUUGCUUCAUGAUAAACUUUUUGGCCUGUUUGAGGCCAUGUCAGCUAUUGAGAUGAUGGAUCCAAAGAUGGAUGCUGGGAUGAUUGGAAACCAGGUCAACAGGAAAGUGCUCAAUUUUGAACAAGCAAUUAAGGAAGAUGCUAUAAAGGUGAAGGACCUUAGUCUUCCUGAGCUCAUCGGGAUCAUUGACACAUGUUUCUGCUGUUUGAUAACGUGGCUUGAGGGUCACUCUUUGGCUCAGACCGUGUUCACCUGCCUGUAUGUCCAUAACCCUGACCAGAUCGAGGAGCCGUCUCUCAAAGCCUUUGCCCUGGGCUUACUGAAGGUGUGCGAUAUCGCUCGAGAAAAAGUCAACAAGGCGGCUGUGUUUGAAGAGGAGGAUUUCCAAGCCAUGACUUAUGGUUUCAAAAUGGCCAAUAAUGUCACAGACUUGCGGGUGACAGGUAUGCUGAAAGAUGUGGAGGACGAGUUACAGAGAAAAGUUAAAAGCACGCGUAGCCGACAGGGGGAGCAGCGAAACCCACAGGUUGAGCAGGAACACCAGCAGUGCCUGGCACUUUUCAACAGAAUCAAGUUUACACGCCUCCUACUGACUGCUCUGAUCGCCUUCACAAAGAAAGAGACCAGUGCAGUAAGUGAGGCCCAGAAGCUUGUGGUUCAGGCAGCAGAUCUGUUGUCGCCCAUUCAUUCCAGUAUCCAGUACGGUAUCCAGUCACAAAACGACACCACUAAAGGAGACCACCCCAUCAUGAUGGGCUUUGAGCCUCUUGUUAACCAGAGACUUCUGCCACCCACGUUUCCUCGCUAUGCCAAGAUAAUUAAGCGAGAAGACAUGGUGGCUUACUUCAGCAAGCUCAUAGAACGCAUCAAAACAGUGUGUGACGUCAUCAACACCACAAACCUGCAUGGCAUACUGGAUUUCUUCUGUGAAUUCAGCGAGCAGUCACCCUGUGUGCUCUCCAGAUCGCUUCUCCAGACAACGUUCCUGAUAGAUAAUAAAAAAGUGUUUGGCACCCACCUGAUGCAGGACAUGAUUAAAGAUGCAUUAAGAUACUUUGUUAGUCCACCWGUCCUCUCCUACAAAUGUUGUUUGUUCAACAACCACCAGGCCAAGGACUACAUUGACUCCUUUGUUACUCACUGCUCCAGGCCAUUCUGCAAUCUCAUCCAGAUCCACGGACACAACCGAGCUCGACAGAGAGAUAAACUGGGACACAUUCUUGAGGAGUUUUCCUCGCUGCAGGACGAGGCUGAGAAGGUGGAUGCAGCUCUGCACAGUUUACUGAUGAAACUUGAGCCUCAGCGACAGCAUCUAGCCUGUCUUGGCACUUGGAUCCUCUACCAUAAUCUGAGGAUCAUGAUCCAGUAUCUUUUGAGUGGUUUUGAACUGGAACUUUACAGCAUGCAUGAAUACUAUUACAUCUACUGGUACUUGUCAGAGUUCCUUUAUGCGUGGCUGAUGUCAACUCUAAGCAGAGCCGACUCCUCUCAGAUGGCAGAGGAGCGCAUUUUGGAGGAGCAGCUGAAAGGACGCAGCAGCAAAAAGACCAAGAAGAAGAAGAAAGUUCGCCCUCUCAACAAGGAGAUCACAAUGAGUCAGGCGUACCAGAACAUGUGUGCUGGCAUGUACAAGACUAUGGUGGCUCUGGAUAUGGACGGGAAGGUGCGGAAGCCUCAGUUUGAACUCGACAGUGAACAAGUUCGCUACGAGCAUCGCUUCGCCCCCUUCAACAGCGUGGUCACCCCCCCACCCGUGCACUACAUCCAGUUCAAGGAGAUGUCGGAUCUGAAGAAGUACAACCCUCCGCCCGGCUCUGCAGAUCUCUACCUGGCAGCUAGCAAACACUUCCAGCAGGCGAAGCUCAUCCUAGAAAAUAUGCACAGCCCCGACCCCGAGGUGAACCGCAUACUGAAGGUGGCCAAACCCAACAUUGUAGUUACGAAGCUGCUGGCUGGAGGUCACAAGAAGGAAACCAAGGUGCUGCCAGAGUUUGACUUCUCAGCUCACAAGUAUUUCCCUAUUGUGAAGAUCAUCUGAUGCCUCCCUCCUCCUCCUGUCUCCCUCACAUGAAUAAAAGUAUGCAGAGAUUUUAACCCUGUCCAUACUUGAUUAGCGUUCUACAUCGUGACCAGACAACUCGACUGGACCUGAAAGUUUGUGUUUAUGCGGGUGUGUUACCCUCAGAUCAGUCGUGUAGUGAGUUUUUUCGAUAAUAGGUGCACAAAAUUAAAUCAUAUGAAACCUAUCUUUAUGACUUUAAUGUCUUGAGCUCAGUGGCUUUUUUUUCUUUUUUUUGAAAACGUGAAUUUGUCAUCAGAAAACAUAAAGGAACAGAUAACU